ACUGCUUCCCUUCUCGUUUUUACUAGGUGAUUCAUGGCUGCCUAGCCAAAUUACCAGAAUACCCCCUCACACUGAUUUCGUCAUAAUCGGCGGCUCAGAUCUUGGUUAUGAACGUGCUUUACCAUUCUGGAAAGUAGAGAUUAAGACCUUUCCAACGCGUAUAAGCUCAUUUCUAGAAGUUACCUGAGCAGCACGCAAUGAUUCGUUGAGGUCGUCAGACUUAAUCUCUAAUUAGUUCUCUCCAGAUUUGCACGAUUUCCAUCAGUGGUAUCAGAGCCACGGUUAGAGGACGUUCUUUCCUCCAUUGGAAGAGAUCUAGAGAGGCUUGAAGUGCUCCAGAUCUAGGGUUUGACAUGGCCCAAAAGUUGGAUGGCCCUCCUAGGUUUACCGGCUCGGACUUUUCGCUAUGGAGGUUCCAGUUCACACUAUGGCUAGGUAUUAAGGACCUAGAAAGUGUGUUGGAUGGAUCGGAGAAGCGACCACGAGCUGACUCUGGGGAGGCGUCUACUGGAGCAACCAGCCAAGUGGGAUCCGGGGCUGGGGGAGCAUCGUUGAGUGGGGGGAAUGAAGGAGGAACCGCUGCAACUCGAACCGGAAGUGCAGUAUGCCAACUGGGUGAAGAACAGGAUGGGCAGCAAGGGGCUUGGAGGCAAGAGCCCAUACUCCUUCUGGACAGGGAAGGUGCCGAAUGUUUCCAUGGCACGAGUGUGGGGGUGCAUGGCACAGUAUAAGGUACCUGACCAGCAAAGAAGGAAGCUAGAUCCUAAGGCACAGUGGGGGAUCUUCCUUGGGGUUUCUGAGAGGAGCAAGGCUUGGGUGCUGCCGCUAAGAGAGUGCUGAGGUACCUGAAAGGUGGUGUCAAGUCAGGUAUCUUCUUCCAAACACAGCCCCAGUCUCAGGUCCAGCUAGUUGGCUUCAGUGAUGCUGACUAUGCUGGAGAUUCCGCAAGUCGCAGGAGCCACAGUGGGUAUGUGUUCUGUCUGAAUGGGGCAGCUAUCUCUUGGCAGAGCAAGAGGCAGCCCGUGGUAGCACUCUCUACCACUGAGAGUGAGUAUAUAAGUCUGUGUCAGUGCAUUCAGGAGGGUGUCUGGCUGAGGCGUUUGUUUGGGGAGUUUGGUCAUGAUCAUGCUGGUGGUGUGCCUGUGUUUGUGGAUAAUCAGUCUGCCAUUGCCCUUGCACAGAAUGCAUGCUUGCAUGGCCGCACCAAACACAUGCAGGUCCGGUGGCAUUUCAUUCGGGAGAUGGUAGCUGCGGGUGAGGUGAUUUUGCAGUGGUGC